AUGGAACGCAUAUCGCAGCCGUCAGGUCCGUCUCCGGCACAGCUCACUACGUUCUCUCGUUUUUCGGAGCUUCCAACGGAACUCCGUCUCAAAAUUUGGCAUCAUUGCAUACCUGGUCCUCGGGAUCUACACAUCAAAUCCAGAAAUCAUCGAGGCAUUAUAGGGCGAUUUUCAUUCCGGGGUUGGUUUGUUGACAGCGCUAGCUUAAUCGAUGGUGGUGAUGAUAUAAGCGCUAUCCCGACAAUACUUCAUGUCAAUAGCGAGGCACGAGAGGUCGGAUUGACAAGAUAUGAGUUAGCUUUUGGCUCUUACCGCAGAGCAGGAACAGCAUACGUUGAUUUUGAAAGAGACAACUUGAAUCUGACUCAGGCGGGUUCCAACUGCGUAUUCAUGUUGGUUGGGGGUCGUUUGGAGGGUAUAAAUGAUGUAGAAAAGGUCCGAAAUCUGGAGUGCAGGGCGCAGCUACAUUUCUGGGAUUCGAGCGAUUUUUGUUGGGAAGAUGUCAUGCAAUUUACUGGAUUAAGAAAAUUGAGCUUGAGAGUAUAUGAAGAUUUCAUAGACGAGAACGAAAUUCCAGGUUUGAAAAUGAGACUGGAGGAUUUUGCGCGUCGACAUACCGAGUGGAUAUUACCAGAUAUUAGGAUGUGUUUUGAUAAACCUGGUGUGAAAAAAUGGGUAACGUUGAAACCUUAG